CGAACUUGACAUGGCCUUGAGCGAUAUCAAGGCAGAAUAUAUGAAAAACAAAUUUGCAAAGCGUAAACGCAGAUAUCUGAAUGCACUGUUACGAGUAGAAGCGCAGCAAGAAACUUUAAAAGCAAGUUGGUUUCAAGCGAUUUACUGAAUCUUAAUAUGAAGCUGGGAAUUGUCUUGCUCCUUGUGGUCAUCAUUUCUAAGUGUGAUUCUCAAGAUGAUUUCGACGUGUUCAGCUUGAUCCAUCCAAUCUCAUCUAUGACCCAGCAAACAGUGACACGCAAUGUCACCAUUGUGGGAAGAAACUUUGGACGUCUGUGGCCCAAACAGCUAUCCCGCAAUAUUCAAGGCUACACCUUCAUACGAUGCACCUUUAACCGCACAAGAAUGUCAGCGGAUAUGAGGGGCACGACUUUCGAAAAAUGUAACUUCACUGGAAUAACGAUAAACAGUCCACGUAUCUACAACGCUGUUUUCAUUGACUGUUUAAUUUCCAACACCAGAUUCAAUUGGGGCUCAAUGCUGGGUUCUAAAUUUAUUAGAACCCAUUUCCACACCACCGAAUUUUCAAGAGCGUCGUUUACAAAAACUAUGUUGGUCAAUUCAUCAAUGACAAAUUGCACCUUUUCCUGGAGCGAUUUUUCAGGUUCUUAUGUCAAAAACAGCAAGUUUUCUAACUUAAGUCUUGGGUGGCAAAACUACAGAGGUGCUAAACUCGUAGACUCCGACUACUCAAGUUUGGAUCUCGGUAUCAUGGAUCUUCGAAACGCAACCAUUGUAAAUUGCAACUUUUCCCACUCGAAUAUCUCUUGGGCAAAGUUUCAAAGAUCAAAAAUAUUCCAUUCAAACUUUUGCAAUACCGAUAUCAGUUGGGGGAAAUUUUCAGGCUCGCUUAUCGUUAAUACUACUUUCUGUAACUGUGAUCUUUCUUGGCCGACGUUUGAUGGCAGUUUUGGCCCCACAACGGUGCUUUAUGGUAACUUUAGCAUGUGUUCCUUAAGUUGGUUAGAUGUAGGGAAAUCCGUGUUCAUGCAUACUGACUUUCGUGGAUCGGGUGUCUCGAGGGCUCGGUUGUCUCGAGCCCGGUUGGUCAAUGUUACUUUUACCCAAACAUCCAGCAGGGUUUAUCGUCCCUUCUGGAUUGAUUUUUCCUAAUAUGGCUGUUGAUACCAAGUUUACUAACAUUGUGUGCUUACAAAGAAAAAGGGUAGCAAACUAACAUGUUUUGUACUUACUACAUAUAGAGACGUUGGCUUAACUUAAAACAGAAAUGAUCUAAUCAAGUUAUAGACAACAAUUUAAACAAAAAUACCUACAUCUGUUCGGAAAUAUAGAUUUCUUGAACGUAGAUUUAAUACUUUUUUCUGUAAAGGCCAACUACUUUUGAGUGUACUAUACGUUCACAAUAUACGUUACGUUUUACGUCAACGCUUAUCAGUCAAUUGCUUGCUUGUUGUUUGCCGGUGGUGCUAAUAAAGAUUGGGCGCAAUAUAAA